AUGUGGCUUGUGGAACUUAUCAGUUUUCUUUUCGCAGGACUAGGUGCUUUUUGCGCCUUCGGACCAUACCAUGACGACCGGACUUGGAACCUCAUCCGCAACAGCGCCAACUUUCACGUCAUCACUAUGCCAUCCCAGGAGCCAACGCAUUUUGGUCUCUAUGCUCUCGGCGAAGCCAAGCCCACGAAGACCGCCCCGGUGAUCCUCUUCGUGCCGGGGCAUGGUGGGUCGUGGAAGCAGGGCAUCAACCUAUGCGCAUACUUGGCCAAAGAGGAUCCUGUCCACUUUUACACGCUGGAUUUCCAUGCGUCUGCCUCAGCCCUUCAUUGGUCUGUGUUGUCAGCUCAAGCAGCCUUCACCAAAGCUGCGAUUCAACGGCUUGGGCAACUGCACACAGGCCCCAAGCUGGUGCUCGGCCAUUCCAUGGGCGGCCUAGUGGCUGUGGAAGCUUUGCGGAGAUUGUCACAAGUUGAGCGGCCAGUGGAUGGCCUCUUCUUGAUCUCGACUCCUUUGGAGUCACAUCCUUUGCUGCUGGAUCCGCGUUUUGCGAUCGAGGCCUCUAACCUCUCAUGCUCCAUCGUCUCAGUGUCAGGCGGUGCGACGGAUCCCUUGGUGCCCAUGAAGACCACCAGGUUGAGGAAUGCGCACUUCAUUCCACUGCCAGCGGCGCGGGAUGUCUACUCAUCCUUCAGCCACGUGAACCUCCUCUUCUCGCGACACAGCCUUCAUUUCUUGUCCCGGAUCCUCCGCACUGGACCAUCUGAGGGACCCUGGUCCAAUCUCCUGGGCCGCCCCACAGCAGCAACCCGAGUGAGCGCUCCUGCGCAGGAGAAUGCCAGCUUUGUUGAGCCUGGGGCGGCGGUGCCCUUUGACAGGCUGGCCAAAGUGCAGCUGUUUCGUCCAAUGACUGGAGGGAUUUUUAGCUUCCUGCUCAUGGAGGAGCCGCAAGCAAUCCAACGCCACCCUGAGCGUACCUCACGUGGUGAGACCUUCGAUGCCACGGAUGUGCUGAAUUGCAGCGAAACAGCUGUAUCUUGGCAAGAUCAGGCCGGGCGCUGA